CGCCGCAGUCUCGCCCGAUCCGCGCCGUGAGCCCGGACCCGACCCGCCGCCGCUUCUCUCUCUCUGUCCAGCGGGCCCCGCACCUAUCUCCUUCCUCCGGUCGGACCCACGCACAGCGCGCGCACAGGCCGAGCCGAGCCCGGAUCGAUCUACGCCCCUGUUCGAUCCCGUGCUCCUCAGGGACACCGUACGCGGGCAAGACUCCGCGAGGAACGCCGCACCCUUUCUCCCGAUUCUUUCGCUCGCCGCAUGCAGCUGCAGGGCGAAACCCGAUCUCGCGAGGCGCUCGAGCCGCCGCCGUCUUCGCCGGUCGUUUUCGCUGCCCGGGGCGAGCCGUCGGAGCAGCGGCUGUUCACGUCGUCACCGUCACCCGCAGAGCACGCCCCGUCGUCGUUUGACCUCACCACCGCGUCCACAACUCGAAGCCACCUCCGCCCGUCACCUCACUUUCGCCGGAGACUCGCCGGAGAGCCACCGCCGCCGACGCUCGAAGCCACCGCCAUUUUUCCUCUGUUUCGAUUGUCCGGAGUGCGACGCGAGCUAUUGUCAGGAGUGUGACUUUCUGAACCAGAACCAAG